AUGAGGCGAGUAGCAGCGAUUUCGCACAAGGGCGGCAAUGGACCCCUCCUGGCCAGGAGCAUCCGCAGCUCAGGCGUACCACUUGCACGCAGAGGCAAUGCAUCUGCCGCAGAUUCCACUUCGCAGCUUCUGCGAUCAUCCCGUAGUGUAGUGCCUGCGAGGGCGUUCAAUCAAUGGAGGGGCUUGGCCACCCAGACGCAGCCGCCGCCUACUGCCUCAUCGUUUGCCCAGAAGAAGACGAACAGCCCGCCUCAACAGAAAUCGUCAUCUGCUGCAGACAGCAACAUCUACGAGGUGAAUGAAGCCAACUUCCUGAAGGAAGCCAUCGAAGCUUCAGACAAGCGCGUAGUCCUCAUCGACUGCUACGCCGAUUGGUGCGCACCGUGCAAGCAGCUGGCGCCGCUGCUGGAGGCAGCCGUGCGCAACUCGGGCGGACGUCUGGCCCUCGCCAAGCUCAACGUGGACAACAAUCCCACCCUCUCACGGCAGAUUGCGGUGUCGUGCGCCAUGGACCUCAUCAGUGAUGCCCUGCAGAUGCAAGUGACGAGCCUGCCCACAGUGAUGGCGCUGAGCGGCCGCAAGGUGGUCGAUUCGUUCGUGGGUCUCCUGAAGCCCGCUGAGCUCACCAAAUUCGUGGAGGGCCUCCUCCAGGACUUUGCGCCGGCGGCUCCGGCAGAGGAAGCCGAGACUGGUGGCAACCUGCUCGAGGAGGCGGAAGCGGAGCUGGCCAAGGGCGACGUCAACCAGGCCGCCGCCAAGUUCUCCCAGGCUUUGGAGAAGGACAAGGAGUGCACCCACCUUGUCUACGCCGGCCUUGCCAGGUGCGCGCUCGCGGAGAACAACUUGCAGGCCGCGCAGCACCUGGUCAAGGAGCUCAAGGACAAGUACAAGGCCAAGCUGAACGAUCCUGCGGUGGGAAAGGCCAUCGCGGCCGUUGAGCUGCGGGCGGAGCUGGCGGACAAGAGCGGCGGCAGCGCGCAGGAUCUCGAGGCCAAGGUGACCGAGUGGCGUGCCAAGCUGCAGGCCGACGCCAACGACCACCAGGCCCGCUACGACCUUGCCCACGCCCUUUUCAGCACCGGCCAGACCGAGGAGGCGCUCGACCAAAUCCUCGACCUAAUCAAACGGGACAAGCACUGGAACGACGAGGCGGCGCGCAAGCUGAUGCUCAAGAUCUUCUCGGCGCUGGGUCCCAACAACGAGCUCACCACCAAGGCCCGGAAGCGGUUCGCCUCCAUCUGGUUCUGCUGA